CUUUGCGUCCGGGUUGCUGCGUCGUUGUGUGUGAAUGACAGAAGGAACAUGGCUGAUGGCUGAUGGCUGACAAGCAAACUGUUCGAAAGAAAUCUACAAUUUAAAAUGCGGAAACGGACCACACGUAGACGCCGUUGCUGAUAGGAGGGUAUUGUGAUGCGUUUCCUUAUGCGGUUCAUCCCGCUCUCUCAGGUCUGGACACGUUUGUCCUGCAAGUCUUUUGCACUCUCUCAGAAGCAGCUGGGUUCAGGAUGCCGCUGGAUCUGCACCUCGUCCUCGUCUCUUGCGAGAACUCCGCCCGGAGACGGUCCGCUCAGGCAGGACGACCCGGCGGACACAGAUCCUCUUCAGGACCAGUCCAUGGGCCUUGCUCAGAGAUUCAAGAGAACCUUUAAGCAGUACGGUAAAGUGAUGAUCCCGGUGCACCUGCUCACUUCCUGCAUGUGGUUCGGAGGAUUUUACUACGCCGCCAUGAAAGGAGUCAACCUGGUUCCGUUCAUGGAGCACAUUGGACUUCCUGAUAAACUCCUGAAACUCCUGGAGAAUUCUCAGAGUGGCAACGCGCUGACGGCCUACGCCUUGUACAAGAUCGCCACUCCGGCACGGUACACACUGACAUUAGGCGGCACGUCUCUCUCUGUGAAUUAUCUACGUAAACAUGGCUACAUGUCGACGCCGCCGCCGGUGAAAGAGUACCUACAGGAGAAGAUGGGAGAGACUAAGGACCGCUUCUCCGAGAGGAUCGGAGAAACCAAGGACAAGUUCUCCGAAAAACUCCAGGAAACCAAAGAUAAAGUGGGCUUCCGGAAGAAACCCGAAUAAAGACGGAUGACAUCAUCGCCGUGUAAAUAACGAGCUAUCGAUAUAAAUGAAUAAAGGCUUCUGUGAGACCAGCACUAAUGACAUCACUUCCUGCUGACUCAUCCAAAAAAAAAAAAAAAAGUGACAUUUUGGAUCCACCCUGUUUUUUUUUUUUGUUUGUUUUUUUGUCAUAGGUUAGCAUAAGAAGGUUAGUCGCUGUUCUGUUGUGCUACCGCGCGGCUACAGAUUGUCGUGCAUGCUGACCAGGGGGAUUAAACCGAUUCUUCCAAGAUGCAGGAGACAUCUACUGCUUCAUGGGUCACGUCUCCGUCUUAUUUCUGUACAGGAUGAAACAAGUCUGAUGUUAAAUGUUGGAGACUGAUCAAUCUAUCGAGCCUGCGCUAAUCACAUCACAUAAGCUUGCAAGUGUUGAACACAAGUCAGGGGAAUUAACACUCACACUCUUUGGCUGAUUGGGUUAUUUUAUAAACGUAUUUAAACAUCCUAAAGGUUAAAGACGGCACCUUUAAUCGCGCAGAUAGAUGCUUUAAUCUGAUCACAUUUGAUUUGGUGUGUGUGGAUUAGGAUCAACAAAAGUUGUGUUUCAUGUUUAAACAACUCAGACUUGUUGAUUUUUACGGAGUGUGUGGAACAUGUUUCGUUGCUAUGGCAACGUCCUCCAUAUUGACUGACAUGAAAUGAAGAAAUCAAAUAAAAUAAAAAGAUUCA